AUGAGAGCGUGGAGACUUACGGUGGCGGCGGCGCUCCUGAACGAGUCGUCACGUCUCUCGUUUGUCGGCAUUAAAGGUUAAAAUGUGAAGAUGUUUUCAGACGGUCUCCUCCUGAUGCCCCGGCGGUCCAGUUUCUGUUCUUCUGUCCUCAGGAUGUCGUCGUAAACCCAAAACCAGGCGCAGGUUUGCUCUUCAGGUCGUGACGGCGGUGGGCCGCUUUGGGAAAAUGGAGGCGGUGAAUUUUUGGGGGGUGGGUGUGUCCGCUCUGGAUGGAUGAUGAUGUUUUUGAAUCGUGACGUGGCUUCGUGUGCGUGUUUGUGUGGUUCUGUCGUAGAGGGCGGGGUCAAAUCUUUGAAGGGGAAUCAGACCCGUUUGUUUCUGAGCACACCUGACCGGACGCCGUUCUUCCACCUGGACCUCUCAGUUGGUUCGCUGGUUCUUGUUCAGUCUGAUAAAAAAGGUCCGAGGAGUUUGUGACCCGGUUUUAGUCGUGGAGCGGAUCUUCAGAACUUUUCUUACGCUCCAGAACUCUGACUCCUGACCUGCAGAGGUGAACCCGUCCACGUUCACUCCAGAUCUGAGAUCUUUGACCUCCUGA